AUGGGGUCCGGGGAUGAGACGGCGGGGGCUGCGGGGGGCGCGAAGGACGCCGUGAUGCAGAAGGACAAGACGUCGAAGGACUACUACUUCGACUCGUACGCGCACUUCGGCAUCCACGAGGAGAUGCUCAAGGACUCCGUGCGCACCCGCUCCUACAUGACUGCCAUCCUGCGCAACACCCCCCUGUUCAAAGAUAAGGUUGUCCUGGACGUGGGCUGCGGCACAGGCAUUCUGUCGCUGUUUGCGGCCAAGGCCGGCGCGGCGCACGUGUACGGCGUGGAGUGCUCGGAGAUCGCGGACCAGGCGGCGCAGAUCGUGCGCGACAACGGGCGCGAGGGCUCGGUCACGAUCAUCAAGGGCAAGAUCGAGGAGAUCGAGCUCCCGGUGCCCAAGGUCGACAUCAUCAUCUCCGAGUGGAUGGGCUACUUCCUGUUCUACGAGUCCAUGCUCGAUACGGUCCUGUACGCGCGCGACAAGUGGCUCGUCGAGGGCGGGCUCAUCCUCCCGGACCGCGCCUCGCUGUCGCUGUGCGGCAUCCAGGACGCCGAGUACAAGUCGGACAAGAUCGACUUCUGGGAGAACGUGUACGGGUUCAACAUGUCGUGCAUCCGGACGCUCGCGCUGAUGGAGCCGCUCGUGGACUGCGUCGAGCCGGACCAGAUCGUGACUUCCGAGGCCACGCUACUCGAGAUCGACAUAUACGCGAUGAGGAAGGAGCAGGCGACCUUCAGCGUGCCGUUCCGGAUGGAGGUGAAGCAGCAGGACUACAUGCACGCGUUCGUCGGGUUCUUCGACAUCACGUUCGGGACGCCGCAGGGCGGGCAGGACGUGUACUUCUCCACGUCGCCGCGCAACCGCCCGACGCACUGGAAGCAGACCGUGUUCUACCUCGAACACACCCUCGACGUGUCCCCGGGGGACGUCAUCCAAGGAACCAUCUCCUGCGCGCCGAACGCCGACAACCCCCGCGACCUCGACAUCGCGCUCUCCUACGAAUUCAAGUAA